UCGAGCGGGGCCCGCGUGCGGAAAGCGUGUGUCCGGGCUGCAAGUGCAGCUCGCGUCCUGUCCUGGCUGAGUCCUCUCCCUGCAGCCCCGAUCAUGCCGGGGACCGGGUGUCGAGCACAGGAACAAACGGUGCGAUCGCCGCCUCCCCCCGUGCCCCUCGUGCCUCGUGCCCGUCCCGGUGUUUCGGACAGCGAACGCGGAGAAACUGUGCGCGCGAACUUAGCGGAGCGCGAGAGUCAGUGUGUGAGAGCGCGAGGCCGGGCGGAGAGCGCGGGGAGGCGGUGAGCCUUUGUAGUCGCACAGGAAUGCGGAAAUGUUCCUGCUCCGUGUCAGACCUCUCCGAAGGGGGUCGCGGCGCAUUGAGCCAGCGUGGGAACGGCGAGGCGAGGCGAGGCGAGGCGAGGGGAAGCGCGGGGGAAGGCUGUCCACAGGGAACGGCGGAUCGCCGCUCACACGCUGCUCGCAGAGACGAGACGAGAGCCCACCGUGCAGUGGACCGUGAUCUUUUAAAAAAAAAAAAAAAGAAAGAAAAAAAAAACUUCUCUCUUUUCAAGAUCUACUGUGAGAGCGAGAAAAACAGGCAACACCAUCAUCCGCAUUUUUUUUCCCAGCUGAUCUCAUCCUGAACGCCGCUCUCUCUCGCUCGCUCGCUCGCGGGGGGCACCGCUGCGCGAGGCAAUGGGGUACGCAGGGUGUGCGGCGCGCGCCAGCCUUCUACCUGUGUGGCCCCGGGCACGCACACUGGGGCAUCUGUGAGGCAUCUGCAAACUUUACCCCCCCCCCAACCCCCCCCGACCUCCACCCGCGCCACUCCCCCCUCACCCCCACCCCCGCGAGAAGGGAAAAGCGCAGCUUCAUGGCAGGUCAGAGAGGACGCGCACGCGAGGAGGACCUCCCUUCACACACUCUUGUCGGCCAGGUGGUGCGAAUGGCACUCGCGCGUCUCAGAUGAUGUUUCUGUGAAGUUCGGGGCGAGUGUGCGCCGCGGCUGCGUCCGGGAGGUGGGACCUGAGAGCAAAAGCCUUCGAUUCGAAGCCAAGAGCCAAGGAGUCGGAGCGCUGCGACACGAAGAGCCAUGGAGAGGGAGGGCUGCGGCCAGCAGUACGAGCCCGUGGCCGAGAUCGGCGAGGGCGCCUACGGGAAGGUGUACAAGGCGCGCGACCUGAAGAACGGCCGCUUCGUGGCCCUCAAGCGGGUGCGCGUGCAGACGGAGGAGGAGGGCAUGCCGCUCUCCACCAUCCGCGAGGUGGCGGUGCUGAGGCAGCUCGAGUCCUUCGAGCACCCCAACGUGGUCAGACUGUUUGACGUGUGCACGGUGUCCAGAACUGACAGAGAGACCAAACUGACGCUGGUCUUCGAGCAUGUGGAUCAGGACCUGACCACGUACCUGGAGAAGGCACCUGAGCCAGGUGUGCCACCAGAAACCAUUAAGGACAUGAUGUACCAGCUCCUGCAAGGCCUGGACUUCCUCCACUCCCAUCGAGUGGUUCACCGUGACCUCAAGCCCCAGAACAUUCUGGUCACCAGCGGCGGACAGAUCAAGCUAGCCGACUUUGGCCUGGCCAGAAUAUACAGCUUUCAGAUGGCACUUACCUCAGUAGUUGUCACAUUGUGGUACCGGGCACCAGAAGUGUUGCUGCAGUCUAGCUACGCCACGCCGGUGGACCUGUGGAGUGUGGGAUGCAUAUUUGCUGAGAUGUUCAGUAGGAGACCUCUUUUUCAGGGAAACUCUGAUGUUGAUCAGCUGGGCAAGAUCUUUGAUGUUGUAGGAGUUCCCAGUGUGGAAGACUGGCCCCAGGAAGUUGGCCUCCCGCAAAGUGCCUUUUCCCCCAGGCCCCCUAAGCCCAUCUCCGAGCUGCUGCCGGAAAUGGACGAGCAGGGCCAGUCCCUCCUCCUGCAAUUUCUCACAUUCAAUCCCUCCAAGAGGAUAUCCGCAUACGCCGCGCUCUCCCAUCCCUACUUCCAGAGCCUGCAGAGCACCAGCAAGAGCACGACCCCCCAGCAAGCCCCCGGCAAGCAGCCCUCCCUGGAGGAGACAUCGUCCUGAAGAGCACCCCCAGAGAGCACCCCCAAGGAGACCACCUUUUCACGGAUUUAUUUUUUACAGAAACAUAUCUAUGUCUUCCACAACAUGUAUGCUGCUCUUUGGACUUCUUUAAGGUUUUUUUGUUGUUUUUAUUUGUAUUUUUCCUCCAGCAUUCUUUUUCUUUUUCUUUUUUUUUUUUUUGUUUUUUUAACAAUGCAAAGACCACCUAAGCUCCAGUGGACCACCUGGGAAAACUCUGGAGUUCCAGAAGCUGCUUCCUUCACAUACUGUCUUCCGACGGGACCGCCUCUGCCCCAUCAGGGGCCCCAAGCCAGCAGGGCCUCCUGGGUCCUGCCCCUCCAGCUGCUCACUCUGUCCUGUGUCAGUCUGUCCCCCCUCCCCCAUCACACACCUUUUCAGAAGAGGCACCAUGCCCCCCUCAAAUGCGUCUGACAGUGUACAGAUCAGUCUCGCCCUCCUCACCUUUAUGAACCCCGUGGGAACACGGAUGACCGUGGCCCUCGCGUCACAUCCCUGAGCAUCCCAUCAGCGCCUCAUGCUGGCAGAAAUGCAUACAGGCUGUGUUUUGUGCGUUAACCAUUUUGUGAAUUCCCUCUGUGCUUUCAUUUCAAACACAACAGAAAAUGCCAGAAGCUCUAAUGCAUGCAGAUAGUCUUACGUAAAACUUCUUAGCAGCUUUCAGUUCUUUCAUUUUAACGUUGAGAAAAACAUGCCAGCACCUUUCACUACUGUUACUUACUUCCUGUACAAUUAUAUUGACACAUGGGGUGAGAAUGUCAAGUAUGCCUUAAAGUAGAAUAAAAUAAAUGUGGGACAUCAAUAAGCUAAGACUGUUGUAGGACUUUUAUAGGCAAUUUCAUAAUAAGGGUUGUUGUGCGAUACGAUACAAACUUUUUU